UUAGCGUAAUUUUCAUUCAGUGUUGAACAAACAGUUCAGUAGUAACAAGUGGCACAGCUCAGCUAGCUCACCAGUGUCAAUUUACCCGAUCAACUGUAACAUCCACCUACGAUCAACGAAAAUGUUCAAGUUUGUGCUGAUCAGUGCGCUGCUGGUGGCCGCCGUCUGUGCCGCACCGGCCGACAACAGCAAGCCGGGCCAGCAGGGCCGCACCGAUGGGCUGGAUCAGGCCGAGUCGGCCUGGAACAACAACCCGAACGCCUGGAACGCCGGCCAGAACACGUGGGGCCGCGAUCAGGCCGCCUGGAACCAUCCCAGCUCGUGGAACCAUGGCAGCGCGUGGAACCACCCGAACGCCUGGAACCGUGGCUACAACAACCGUAAUGACAUGGCCGCUGGCCGCCGCGCAGGAUACGAUCCCGCCAACCGUUGGGGUGCCGGUGCUGACCAGUGGAACCGCUAUGGAGCCGCUGGCGCUGGCUACAACAGCUGGGCUGGACGUGGUGCCGCCGCUGGAUGGCCCGCCGGUGCCGCUGGAAACCGCUGGAACGCAUGGUAAAGCGGCCGAUGUAGAUGUUGAGUGCCGAUUCGCCGAUCCCUUUGACACAGAUAUUGGGCCAGUUUCGUAGGAGCGGACGUCGAUGUGUAUCAUACUUAAGUUUUCUUCUUCUUUGUAUUCACAUUUCAAAUAAAGUUUACUGUGUGCACCAUACAA